ACCAAGUACCCCUUUUCUUUGCCGUCUGGCGUUGUCUAAAAAAAACCCCAUUUCGUCCCCUCUCUCUCAGAUCGCGAAAUCCUGUCGAUUCUCUCUUCUCUCUCAUGAUCUGACAUCCAAUUCCAUCAAUCUCCGGCCAAUCGAUCUCCUCUCCACCCUCUCUGCGAAGGAAUUAGGGUUUCGGACCUGAGGGUUUUCGAUUGGAUCUAGGGUUUCUGCUGGGCGGAUUACCGUCGUGCAAAGGCCUCGUUUAUGUAGCGGAUUGGAAUAAAUCACGUCGGGAUUGAUGUUUCUCAUGCGAAGCGAAGGCGAUGGGAUCAGAAUCGGUGGCGAAGAUGCAAGGCUAUUAUUAUGCAUGGGCGGGAAGUUGAGGAGAGCAAACGUAGGUGGCACAUGCGGCCGGGGCCCGCUACCGCGUCGACGCCAGUAGCUUCUCCUGCCGAUUCUCCUUCUGUUUCGUCCGCCACUGUCACCGCUGAUUCGUUCUGCAAGGUUGGAUAUGAGCGCAGUUCAUCAAUAACGGGUUCUUCAAAAUAUGAGGACGGACGCAAGAUUAGUGUUGGCGACUGUGCACUUUUCCAGGGCAGAGAUUCCCAACCUUUCAUUGGAAUAAUCCGUUGGUUAACAUCUGGCAAGGAAGAUUCUCUUAAGUUAGGUGUGAAUUGGCUUUAUCGUCCCGCUGAUGUAACACUUGGUAAAGGCAUUGUGCUGGAAGCUGCACCGAACGAAGUCUUUUACUCAUUUCACAGGGAUGCGAUACCUGCUGCAACUCUACUCCAUCCGUGUAAAGUUGCAUUUCUUCGUAAAGGUGUUGAACUUCCUUCAGGGCUAUCCUCAUUUGUGUGUAGGAGAGUGUAUGACAUCGAAAACCAUUGUUUAUGGUGGUUAACUGAUCAGGACUACAUCAAUGAGCGACAGGAGGAAGUAGAUCAGCUAUUAGACAAAACACGACUAGAAAUGCAUGCAGCAGUGCAAUCAGGAGGUCGUUCUCCAAAACCAUUGAAUGGUCCAACAUCAACAGCACAGCAGCUAAAGCCUGGUUCUGAAAGCGUACAGAACAGUGCGGCCUUGUUUCCUUCUCAGGGUAAUAAGGGUAGAAAGAGGGUGGCUGAUCAGGGCUCAGAUCCCAUUAAGCGAGAGCGUUCUUCAAAAACUGAUGAUGGUGAUUCUAGUAAUUUUAGACUUGAAAGCAUGAUUAAAGCUGAAAUUGCCAAAAUAACAGACAAAGGAGGGCUUAUAAACGCUGAAGGGGUUGAGAAACUGGUGCAUCUCAUGCAACAUGAUAGAGCUGAGAAGAAGAUAGAUAUGAUGGGCCGAAUAAUGCUGGCAGAAGUGGUUGCAGCCACAGAAAGGUUUGAUUGCCUUGACCGGUUUGUGCAGCUCAGGGGAGUGCCUGUCUUGGAUGAUUGGCUCCAGGAGGCACACAAAGGGAAGGUUGGUGAUGGUAAUAGCCCCAAGGAAGGUGACAAAUCUGUUGAGGAACUUCUCCUGGCUCUCCUUCGUGCACUAGAUAAAUUGCCUGUAAAUCUUCAUGCCCUGCAGACUUGUAACGUUGGUAAGUCUGUUAAUCAUUUGCGCAGUCAUAAAAACUUGGAUAUCCAGAAGAAAGCCAGGAGUUUAGUUGAUACAUGGAAGAAACGAGUUGAAGCAGAAAUGAAGAUCAAUGAGGCGAAGUCUGGAUCUAGCCACCAGGCUGUCUCAUGGCCUGGCAAGCCAGCAGGCUAUUCCGAAGUUUCUCAUGGUGGAGGAAACCGGCGUGCAGGGCCCUAUGAGGUUGCCUUGAAAGGCUACAUCAUGCAGACUUCUGCAUCCAAAACGACAGGAUCUAUUAAGCUUGGCCAAGGAGAUGCUGUUGCCAAGCCCACAUCAGCAUCCACUGCCGGGUCUGUGAAAUUGACACCGACAUUGCCUGCAUCGGCGCCGCUCAGCUCGAAGGAUUCAUACUGCAAAAUGGUUGGCAGCGGCAGCAUCUCAGAUAUGCCACCGGCAACGACGUUAAAGGAGGAGAAGAGCAGCAGUUCCAGUCAGUCUCAGAACAAUAGUCAGUCUUGCUCCAGUGAUCAUACCAGAGCUGUGGCUUCUGCAUGGAAAGAGGAUGCGAGGAGCUCCACUGCUGGGUCUAUCAGUGCCAAGACUUCUACUACAGGUGCAUCUCGCACUCGUAGAUCGAGCAAUGGUGUUUUGGGCUCAGGAGUUUCUGUUGUUCAAAAGGAAAGCGCUUUGGGAAAACCUAGCACUUCAAACCGCAAUAGCACACCCGACAAAACAUCGCAGUCUGGUGUGACAUGUGAGAGAGUGCUUGAUAUGCCCCCUGCAGAUCAUGGAAACAGCCACAGACUGAUUGUUAGGCUUCCGAAUCCUGGCCGUAGUCCUGCGCGAAGUGCUAGUGGAGGUUCUUUCGAUGAACCUCCAGUCAUAGGCAGCAGAGCUUCUUCUCCUGGAGAUUCUGAGAAGCAGGAUCACUGUGACCGAAGAGCAAAGGGAAAGAGUGAUACUUGUCAGGCUGUGGGUACUACUGCAGAUGUGAAUACAGAGUCAUGGCAGAGCAAUGAUGUGAAGGAUGGAUUGGCUGGGUCUGACGAGGGUGACAGAUCAUCCGCAGCUGUUGUUGAUGAAGAACGCAGCAGGAAUACUGAUGAAAUUGUGAAACCAACGGACAUGUCUAAAGCUUCCUUCCAAUCAUCAAGAAAUGGAAAAGGGGAUUUCAGCUCCAUAAAUGCAUUGAUCGAAAGCUGUGUUAAGUACUCUGAAGCCAGUACGUCUUUAUCAGCUGGGGAUGAUCUUGGGAUGAAUCUACUUGCCAGUGUGGCUGCUGGGGAAAUGUUAAAAUCCGAACUGGUUUCUCCUGGUGGUUCUCCUGACAGAAAUCCACCUGCACCUGACGACUCAGUCACAGGUAACAACACCAAAUCAGGACGUGAAGAAGUCGGGGCUCAAGCUCAUGGCCAGCCUGAUGGUGAUCCUUUGAAGCAGGGUAGCAAUGUUGAACCUUUUCAGGUAAAGGACGAAUUACUACAGAUCAGCAGCACGCAUGUAACGGUCAAUACAUCAGGGGAUAGUAAAAGUAUUUCAUCCCUCUCUGAGCAUAAACCAACAAACGAACAAAGCGAACUUCCUCCUCCCAGUGUGGAUUUGCACCAAACUGCAGAGCCUUGUGUAAAGUCUGAUACAAAACCAGAUGAAACAGCACCCAGUGGAUGUGUGUCUGAAUCUACUGGCUUGACGUGUAGUGAAGCUCCUCCAGUAGUUGCUAGAGAGGGUCAGGAGGUUGAAAGGCCCAAUCAACGUCCUAAAAGAAGGAAGGCAAGUGUUGGCAGGAAUGCAGAUUAUAAACCAAGGCUAAGGAGUGCAUCAUUAGAACAAAAUAAGAUGGUUGAUCAUGCAUCCGACAAGGUUGCACACAAUAGUUCGACGGCACCAUCCAAGUCUGUACGUGGGGAUGUACGUGCUAUUGAUCAGACUGCUCCAAGUAUAAAAGAAUCCAAGCAAGAAGCAGUUGAAGAAUCUCCGUCAUGUCCAGCUUUGAAAACGGGUAGUGAGAAUGUGGAUCGAGUACACGAAGGCCUGGCUGCUUCUGUCCCGACUGAGCAGCAGCCGCCAACUGUUGUUGCAAAUCAUACUGAGGCUUCUGACAGAAGUGGUGAGCAUGCUUCCGCCCCUUCUGGUUCUGGCAGUGCCCCUUGUCCUGAAAGUUUUGAUGAAUCUACUAUGGCUGAGAAGGCUGAAGGCAUGGAAAAGAAGAGUCUCUUGGGGCCAGGUGCCAGUGAAUCAAUAGAGCAGACAGCUAUUGCCCCUCCAACUGUUGACGAGCGGGCUGCAGGAAAUGUAGAUCCAGUUGUUUUAGAUCACAGCAGCAGUGACAGGGUUGAGGAAAAUACAGAAAGGAAGGAGGUCGUGGAGCACCGCCCUACUGGUUCUGCUCCACAGCAGGAGUCAGCUGCUAUUCCUGCUGAGCAAUGCAUGAAGUCUACAGGACCUAAGUUAUCCAGUAUUGAAGCAGACGAAAGAGAGGAAAGCAUGUCGGCUAAUGCUGCUGGAUCUGAUAUAGCUUCAAAGCUUGACUUUGAUUUGAAUGAAGGGUUUCCAGUGGACGAAGGGAACCAGAGCGAGCUGGGUGCCUCUUCUGCUGCACCUGGAUGCUCUUCUGCAGUUCAUUUGCCGAGUCCAGUUUCUUUUUCUGUCUCUCCCAUGUCUAGCGGCUUGCCUGCAUCAAUAACAGUGGCAGCUGCUGCGAGAGGGCCUUUUGUUCAUGAUAACCUAUUGAGGAAUAAAGGGGAGGUUGGAUGGAAAGGAUCAGCUUCUACCAGUGCAUUCCGACCAGCAGAACCUAGAAGGGUUCUAGAGAUGCCACUUAACACUAUUGAUGUUCCACCACCUGAUACCACUGCUUGUAAACAAAGCAGACCUGCUUUGGAUAUCGAUCUGAAUGUCCCUGAUGAUAGAGUUAAUGAAGACAUGGCUUCUCAGAGCUCUGUCCGGGAGACAGGUUCUGAGUCAAGGGGGCCAAUUAGCAACCGUGACAUGGCGCGCAGUGACAUGUUCAGUUCUUCUCCUGCGCCCUUUCGCAGUACUGGACUGGAUCUUGAUUUGAAUAGAGUCGAUGAAAGUGCAGAUAAUGGGCAGUUUUUAGCAAGCACCAGUCGGAGGUUGGAAGCACCUCUGUUGCCAGCAAGGUCGUCAUCAUCCAGUGGAUUCCCUAACGGCGAGAUGAAUGCCCUGAGGGAUUUCGAUUUGAACAAUGGACCCAGCCUUGAUGAAGGGGGUGCUGAAGCUGCACCACGCAAUCAGCAUGCCAAGAGCAGUGGGCUGUUCCUGCCACCGCAUGUUGGUAGCAUUAGAAUGAAUAGCACAGAAUUGGGGAGCCUCUCACAGUGGUUCCCUCCAGGUACCUCAUAUACCAUCCCAUCGUUCUUGUCGGACAGAGGAGGAGAUCAGCCUUAUCCUACUAUGGUUGCGACUGGUGCGGGUCAGAGGAUUCUGGGAUCAGCUACUGGUGGCACCUUUGGAGGUGAUCUCUACCGAGGUCCAGUGCUCUCCUCCUCCCCUGCCAUGACUUUCUCCCCUGCUAAUGCUUUCCCAUAUGCUGGGUUCCCAUUCUCCUCUGCUAAUCCCUUUCCACUGGCCUCAACCUCCUUCUCUGGCGGGCCUACUCCAUACAUGGAUUCUUCAUCAGGAGGGGGUCAGUGCUUUCCAACCAUUCCAUCCCAGCUUAUAGGACCCACCGGUGCUGUUUCAUCCCAUUAUCAAAGGCCCUACAUGAUGAGUAUUCCAGAGGGUACUGCUACCACUAGUAGUAGUGGCGGAGGAGCCGAAAGCAGUCGGAAGUGGGGCAGACAAGGUCUGGAUCUCAAUGCGGGUCCAGGAAAUGCAGACGUGGAAGGGAGAGAUGAAAGAUUGUUGCCUUCAGCAUCCAGGCAACUCUCAGUUGCCAAUCCUCAGGCAUUGGCAGAAGAACAGGCAAGGAUAUACCAACAACAGGCAGCAGCCGCAGCAGCAGCAGCGGGAGGUGGGGUAUUGAAGAGGAAGGAACCUGACGGAGGAGGGUGGGAUGGCGAUAGAUUUAGUAGUUACAAACAACCCUCGUGGCACCAGUAGGAGAGCUAGCUUCAAAGGAAACAACUCGGGAUGUUGCAUGAGGGCGUGGUGCACAUGCAUAUGUGGGAGUCUCUCUUUCUUUUUUUUUUUUUUUCUCUCCUCCCUUCCCCCCCCCCUUUCCAAGUGAUACACAGACCAGCCCACAUGCUUCCUGCAGUUUGACUGGAGGAUUUGUGGGGAGCUCUCAGAAAAAUUCUUUCCUGCCUUGCUGUAAAUGUUGACUUUUCAUGCUUUCUAUGAAUGUCAUCUGUAUUUCUUGUUCUCUCUUCCCCCAGCAUUUUCAGGACACAAAUACCGGCGACUCCAAGGAGGGUGUUGAUUGGUGGGGUUUCUCUCAGGGGCCUGGUGGUGAGUUUUUUCCCCAUUUAAUCUUCUGAUUGGCACACCUUUCCUGCUAUAGUUUUACUGUGUAAUUAAAGAUAAUGGAAUUUUAUAAGCUCUGUUGAAUCGUUUUUCUUCUUUACAUGGAAUUGACUUUUCAUGAUCAAUUUCCUUUUGUAAAUGUUAACUACUGAAAUGGUUUAUUGCUCAUGCUCGAGAUGAGGUUCCACACCUGUUCGUGAUGUUAACAUGUGGGGCUCAUAUCCCUGCUGUCGGAUCCUGCUUUUAUAUGAGAGGAUUGGGUAUUUGAAGUGCCCCCAAUAGAAUACAUCUUCCUCAGUGUUGUAUUUAUCUUA